AUGACAGACAGAGUGUACCCAUCAACGAAGCCGACCGCGAACGGCGGUCCGCCCCUUCCAUCCGCCGCCGCGGCGAAUGGCGGAGCUAAUCCGGCGUUUCCGGCGAACAAGGCGCAGCUCUACAACGCCGGGCGUCUUCCGUACCGACCGCAGCCGCCGCCGCGGCGUCGCCACACCAGGAGCUGCUGCUGCUGCUGCUGCCUCUGGACGACGCUCCUGAUCCUCCUCGUCCUCCUGCUCGCGGCCAUCGCCGGCGCCGUGUUCUACAUCCUCUACCGCCCGCACCGGCCAUCGUUCUCCGUCGCCUCACUCCGUCUCUCCAGAUUCAACCUCACCGACACCGCCAUAACCUCCGCCUUCAACGUUACCCUCGUCGCGCGCAACCCGAACAGCAAGAUCGCCUUCUCCUACGAACAAAUCUCGGUGAGGGUGCUCUCCGGCGAGGUCGACAUCGCCGACGGAGCUUUUCCGGCGUUCACGCACGGCAAGAAGAACGUGACGACUUUGAGAACGGUGAUUUCGAGCUCCAACACUCCGAUCGGCGCCGACACCGACACUUCGCGUCUGAGAUCCAGCGUGCGGAGCAGGAACUUGCCGAUCAAAAUUGAGUUGGAUACCAAAGUGAUAGCCAAAAUUGGGAACAUCAAAACGAAGAAGCUCGAAAUUAGGGUUAGUUGCGAUGGAUUUAGGGUGUCGAUCCCCAACGGUAGAACGGCGUCGGUUGCAACAAUUUCAGAUGUGAAGUGCAAGGUUGAUCCGAGAAUUAAGAUUAUCAGAUGGACAUUUUGA